UCGGACGCGAGCGAGCGUGGAAAUGUCCCGAUAGCGACCAGGCCUGGAUCGGUCCGAGCGGGUCCUCGUACGCGGCGGCCCCGGUGGGGAUGAAGCCAACCGUCACUCGGCACUAAACCCCGGCUUGUGUUCCCAAAUGACCCGUUCGGGCUGCGGGCUUCCCGCCGGACCAGGAGCUCCUCUCGUCCGCUUCUUCGUGGCGCUCGUGGCCGUGCUGGGAGGCUGCGAGGCGCUGGGGGGGCCGCCACAGCCAGCAGGGCCAGUCCACCAGGACCUCCCCCGGUAUGAAGUGGUUCACCCCACCAGAGUGGAUGUCAGAGGUCACUUCCUGUCCAACUUCCUGUGUCAUCGUUCCCGCCGCGUGCAGCGCCGCGAUGCCUCAGCGGAGUCGGCGGACCAGGAGAGAGUCUUCUACCGGUUAUGGCACGCGGGCCACAGUUUGCACUUUAACCUGACGCUCAACCCGCACCUGCUGGCCCCCGGAUUCCUGACGGAGAGGAGAUACGGCGGCCUCAAAGGGGCAAAGGUCCGCCCCCACGGAACCUCCCAGUGUCAUUUCCUGGGGGAAGUGCGGGAUGAGGCUGCUGUCCAAGGGAGCGCCGCCAUCAGUACCUGUGAUGGACUGACAGGACUUUUCAAGCUGUCAGAUGAGGAGUUCUUCAUCCAGCCUUUGGAAAAGUCACAUGAUGAGCCCCCACGGCGGCAGGCCCAUGCCGUCUACAAGCGCCAGGCGCCCUCCCCGUCUUGGCGUCCGCCUGGAGGGUCCGUCCCAGGGACCCAAACGCUCAACGCUUCCUGUGGAGUCAAAAAUUCCCAUCCCACUUUGGAGGAGACGGAGCGCCAGCGAGAACAUUGGGAGCAGACCCAGCAGAGGAGGAGGAGGAGGAGGAGGAAGAGGAGGAUCCGUCAACGCUCCGUCAGCAAAGAGAAGUGGGUGGAGACGCUGGUGGUGGCCGACCCUAAAAUGGUGGAAUACCACGGCAGCAAAGGCGUGGAAAGCUACGUCCUGGCGGUUAUGAACAUCGUGGCGGGUCUUUUCCAAGAUGCCAGUAUCGGAAACGCUAUCAACAUCGUUGUCGUUCGACUCGUUCUCCUGGAGCAGGAUGAGGACGACUUGAAGAUUACUCACCAUGCCGACCACAGCUUGAGUUCCUUCUGCAAGUGGCAGAAGGAACUCAACGUGAAGGCAGACGACCAUCCUCUUCACCACGAUGUCGCCGUUCUCCUCACCAGGAAGGACAUCUGUGCGUCCAUCAACAUGCCUUGUGAAACGCUGGGUUUGUCCCAUGUGGCGGGGAUGUGUCAAUCACAUCGGAGCUGCAGUAUUAGCGAGGACACCGGCCUCCCGCUGGCCUUCACUGUGGCACAUGAGCUGGGUCACAACUUUGGGAUUCAGCACGACGGCAACGGGAAUGACUGCGAACCCGUCGGGAAAAGACCCUUCAUCAUGUCGCCUCAGCUGCUGUACGGCACCUCCCUGCCCAGGUGGUCCCGCUGCAGUCGCCAGUACAUCACACGCUUCCUGGAUCGUGGUUGGGGUCGGUGCCUUGACGACGCUCCGGCGGUGGAUGCGCUUUCUGACGGUCUGCUGCUUCCUGGCGUUGUGUACAGCGCCUCCCAUCAGUGCCGGCUGCAGUAUGGCUCCGGGUCCGUGCUCUGCGAUGACAUGGAUAACGUGUGCAGCACGCUGUGGUGCACGGUGGGAAGCACGUGUCACUCCAAGCUGGACGGGGCCGUGGACGGGACCAGCUGUGGCAAAGAGAAGUGGUGUUCCAGUGGGGAGUGUGUGGUGGCUGGACGUCCCCCAGACAGCGUCCAUGGAGGCUGGGGGUCGUGGACUGAGUGGACGGCCUGUUCGAGGUCAUGUGGAGCCGGAGUCCAGAGUGCCCAGCGAGACUGUGACCACCCCGUUCCCAAGAACAGGGGCAAGUACUGCCUGGGUGAAAGACGGAGGUAUCGGAUCUGUAGCACAAGCCCAUGUCAGAGUCACGUGCCCACCUUCCGAGAUAUCCAGUGCAGUAACUUCAACAGCGCCCCCUAUAAGGGCAAAUUCUACAACUGGGUGGCCGUCAUCAACAGAGUCAGUCCUUGCGAGCUCCACUGCCGUCCGCUGAAUGAACAUUUCUCUGAAAAAAUGCGUGACGCUGUCAUCGAUGGGACUCCGUGCCUCGAUGGCAACAAAAGCCGAGAUAUGUGCGUCAACGGCAUCUGUAAGAAUGUCGGCUGUGACUACGUCAUCGAGUCCAGCGCCGUGGAGGAUCGCUGCGGGAUCUGUCACGGCAAUGGCUCCACCUGUACAACCAUCAGGAAGACGUUUGAGGAGAGCCAAGGACUGGGCUACGUCGACAUUGGACUGAUCCCGGAGGGAUCCUGGGACAUCAGGAUCGAGGAGAUGGCGGCAGCUGGAAAUUUUCUGGCGCUUCGUGGUGACAUUCCCGGCAAGUACUACCUGAACGGCGGCUGGACCAUCCAGUGGAAUGGGGAGUACAAGGCGGCGGGGACCGUCUUCACCUACGAACGCACGGGACAUCUGGAGAACCUGACUUCACCCGGACCCACCACGGAACCACUGUGGAUUCAGCUCCUCUUUCAGGAGAAGAAUCCAGGCGUACGCUACGAGUACACCAUCAGUCAGGACGGGGCUGACGACAACCAGGACCCUGGAUCGGGGUUCUUCUGGAAGUAUGGUUCUUGGACCGAAUGUAGCGUCACCUGUGGAACAGGCGUCCGGAGGCAGAUGGUCCACUGUGUGGAGCGUACCAACGGGAUAGUGGAGCAGACACUUUGCCAACCUUCAAGCCGACCUGACGCCAACCAAAGCAGCUGCAACAAGGAGCCUUGUCCGGCCAGAUGGUGGGUGGGGGAGUGGCACAAAUGCUCGGCAAGCUGCGGGGGGUCCGGCAUGGCUGAAAGGACGGUGCUGUGCAUACGAGCCAUCGGCGUGGAGGAGCAGGAAGCCCUACAGCCCAGCGAAUGCCAACACAUCCCAAAACCCGAGUCCGUGUCAUCCUGCAACACGCACGUUCCCUGCCCCGCAGACUGGACGACUGGCGGCUGGUCUCAGUGCUCACUAACCUGUGGAGGCGGACUACGUCGCCGGAAUGUUACCUGCUCCAGGAACACGGGUGUGGCCUGCGACCUGCAAGAGAAACCCGCAUCUGUCAGUCCCUGUAACCAUCAAGACUGCCCACAGCCUGGAGAUAACUUCGGAGGAGGUGACUGGUCAGGAAGCGGGUGGACAAGCCAAGAGGUCUUCAAUGAAAUCAACUCCAUUCCCAAGCACAGUCCCACCAAAGUCCGAUCGAAAAGUCCAGAUGACUUGAAGAACAUUUUGGAAGACUUCCACUACCACAAUCGGAUCGAGAGUGAAGAGGAUUCUCCCGGGAAGAGCCUGCGAGUGGAUGACUUUUACUACGACUACAACUUCAUCAACUUCCAUGAAGACCUAUCGGAUGGGAGUGAUGGAACAGAGUCAAGAGACGCUCAGGAAGUGGAUUUUCCCCAAGAGGAAGAGCCGCCCUCCAGUGGGAAGGACCCCAGUCAGUCUUGGAAUCCUGCUGAACCGCGGAUCAUCCAUCCUGGCUCUGUGAAGGACAGCGGAAACUCUGGCCCAGAAGAACCCGCUCUUGAUGACCCCCUCUUUGGGGAUUAUUUUCUGCCAGUGGCCAGCACUCGGUCCCCACCUUCUUCAACAACGGGGCCUUCAUCGGCGCUGAAGGAGCGAUCUGAUGAUCUCCUGCGGCCUGAAGAUGUUAGCACAAGACCUGGAAGUCUGGAGGUCCCCGGCGGGCGGCCUACCAAGAGUGAGAAUAUGGGCCGGCAAAGGGAACAGGCAGAGAAGAACCGUGGUUCCACUGGGGAGGCGCCAACUCCUGUACUUCACCAUGGCAAUCGUCACACCGCGACAGCGAGCCCCCGAGAGGCGGACUCUUACACCACAGCACAUUCCCCCCCCAGUGAGGUUGUAGGCAGCCCCUCCCUGCCAGGGACCGAUGGAGCCAAUCAAAUAAAGACUGACAAGCACGCACCCUGGAUGGAAGACAAUGUUUUGGAACUGGACUUAGCGACCACGCAAACGAGCCCAGAAUCAGCAGUUCUUUCACCAGUCCUUGAACUGGCCAAUGUGGAUCCCACUCAUCCCAGUCCAGAUUCAGGACUGUCUCACCAUGGCCCCGUUAGGACCUCACUGCCUCCCCCUGAGGGUCCGACUCCUCUCCUUUCCCCGGAUCUGUUCCUGCCAAGUAAGCGGAACGUCCCUGCUGGAACACGGAACCAGGAACCGUACUCUCAGCCUCCAGUCCAACCCGCAUCCAGUGGAAGGACAGACCCAGCAUCCUUUUUACACCAUGAAGACCCCAGCGAAGGAGCGGUCCCCCCCACGGCGGGGCCUCCAGCUACCCCACAUGUGACAUCAGUACGAUCGCCCACCCCCACCCCCAUCCGAGUGACAGCCCACUGGCUGAGCGGCAACUGGAGCUCGUGUUCCACAAGCUGUGGUCUGGGUGCCAUGUGGAGGACUUUGGCCUGCAGUACCGGCUCCGAGUCCGACUGCGACCCGGCCAAGAGGCCCACGCCCGCCCGGCGCUGUUACCUGCGACCGUGCUCCAUGUGGAGAAUUGGCCGAUGGAGCAAGUGCUCCAAGAACUGCGGCGUUAGUCUGAAGUCUCGGGAGGUCCAGUGCUUCGACAUGCGGGAUCAAAGACCGCUACGACCUUUCCACUGUCGGGCGACGUCCGUCAGGCCGCCGAGCCAGGCGCCCUGUCAGCUUCCGCCCUGCGUCGACUGGUACGCCUCAUCCUGGGGGCAGUGUUCAGAGGUUUGCGGAGGAGGGGGGCAACAGCGUAUGGUCACCUGCCCAGAAGAGGGCCGAUGUGACCUGGACCUCCAGCCCAGCAACAUCCGGCGCUGCAACACGCAACCUUGUGCUCAGUGGCUCACAGGCUCCUGGGGACAGUGCUCCGUUUCGUGUGGCAGCGGAGUACGGCGCCGCCUCAUCAAGUGUGUGGACACAAAGGCCGAGAAGGAGCAGGAAGUGGAUGGAGCUCAGUGUGACCACCAGCCGCGGCCGCACGCCACGCGGCGCUGUCGCUUAGAUGGCUGCCACGGCGCCCCCUCUGGAGACGCUUGUCUCGGCAACCGUCUGUCAUCUCGCUUCUGUCAGACCCUCCGCUGGUUAGGCCGUUGCCAGAUGGCCAACGUCCGAGCACAGUGCUGCCGGACCUGCAGCCGCCACUGAGGCGGACAUCUUGAUUCCAUCACGUCAGCCGAAUGUCCACCUCCAUCCUCCGUGUGGCGUGGUAGGGGUGUAGAUAAUCACUUGGUAGAUGAAAGCAGAAUGUCUGAGGGACGUCUUGGCUUGGAUGGCCCCCAUCGAAGGCCCCCCAUCGAAGGCCCCCCAACAAAGGUCUCCCAUCGAAGGCCCCCCAUCGAAGGCCCCCCAACAAAGGUCUCCCAUUGAAGGCCCCCCAUCGAAGGCCCCCCAACAAAGGUCUCCCAUCGAAGGCCCCCCAUUGAAGGCCCCCCAUCGAAGGCCCGCUACGACGCUAUAUUUCCCCAGCUGGACAUGAAUA